UGGCGAGAGAGAGAGAGAGAGAGAGGGAGGGAGACAGAGAGAGAGAGACAGAGAGAGUGAGACCUGGUUUCUCUAUCACUAAUCUUGUCCUCGCAACACUCUCCUUCUAUGAGAGCAAUUAGAUUCAGCUGCGUUUGUGGAGCCUCUGCAAUGACUCAUUGAAACAUCUUCUGCGCUGAUAAAGCCGCAUCUUUAUUCUGCCUCACCACACACACACACACACACACAGACACAGACACACACACACACGGAUAGUUUGGAGCUGCCUUUCAGUUUUCAGCGCAUCGGGAGUUUGGAUUUGCGGAGCAGCAUCAGUCUGGACCGUGGACUUUAUUGCCCCCUUAACCCCCACAUGUGAUGCGCGGUUUUUUUUUAUGCCUGAAGUGCGGACUUACAUCAAAGUGUCGCACAGAGGAGGAUUCAGUCUGAGCGGUUUUUUGCAUCAAGCUGGAGUCUAGGUAACCUCAGCCCACACCAGGUUCUGGACCCGGGGAGUCGUGCAGCAGCGGUCCGUCUCCGUGCAGCCUCUCAGGAUGGGGAGCUUUGAGAAUGCUCUUCUGCUCGGCUGAGGAGGAGCAGCAGCGGGAACGAUCUUGGUGGAGGGGCAGGGGGGUCGAAGGGCGCGCCGAGGAUCCAACGACCAAUACCGUGCCAGGCUCGGGCUCAGCACAGCCAGGAGUAUGUCACCGCUCAGUGGCCCUUCAUGGAUGCGUCACUCCACAGCCAAGGCCAACCUCCUGCUGUGGGUAGGCCUGGCGUCCAUCUGUGCGGCCACAGUUCAGGCCCAGCAGCACCCGGUGGUCACUACCAAUUAUGGGAAAUUGCGGGGCGUGAAGGUUACGUUACCUAAUGAGAUCCUGGGACCCGUGGAGCAGUAUUUGGGGAUCCCGUACGCGUUGCCGCCAACAGGAGAGCGCAGAUUCCAGCCACCGGAGCCGCCCAUGUCCUGGCCGGGCAUCAGGAAUGCUACUCAGUUUGCUCCAGUUUGUCCUCAGUUCUUAGAGGAUCGCUUUUUACUCAAUGACAUGCUGCCCGUGUGGUUCACGGCCAACCUGGAUACACUGGUAACCUACGUGCAGGACCAGAGCGAGGACUGCCUGUACCUGAACAUCUACGUCCCCACGGAGGACGGAGCAAACAGUCAAGCCGCAGAUUUCAGCAGUAAUGGUGGCCACAAUAAAGAUAUCCACGAUGAGAAUGGGUUAAAGCCAGUCAUGGUUUACAUCCACGGAGGCUCCUACAUGGAAGGGACUGGGAACAUGAUCGACGGCAGCAUCCUGGCGAGCUACGGGAACGUCAUCGUCAUCACAAUCAACUACCGACUCGGGGUUCUGGGGUUUCUAAGCACAGGCGACCAGGCAGCCAAGGGCAACUACGGCCUGCUGGAUCAAAUUCACGCUCUCAGGUGGAUCAAAGAAAACAUCCAGGCCUUCAAAGGAGACCCGAAGAGAGUGACCAUUUUUGGCUCUGGCGCUGGAGCGUCGUGCGUCAGCCUGCUCACACUCUCGCAUUACUCGGAAGAUCUGUUCCAGAAAGCCAUCAUCCAGAGCGGCACAGCGUUGUCCAGCUGGGCGGUGAACUACCAGCCCGCCAAGUACACUCGAGCUCUGGCUGAGAAGGUGGGCUGCAACAUGCUGGACACCAUCGACCUGGUGGAGUGUUUGCAGAACAAAAACUACAAGGAGCUGAUCGAGCAGUACAUCACACCCGCCAAGUACCACAUCGCCUUCGGGCCCGUCAUCGACGGCGACGUGAUCCCAGAUGACCCGCAGAUCCUCAUGGAGCAAGGGGAGUUCCUCAACUACGACAUCAUGCUGGGGGUCAACCAGGGGGAGGGUUUUAAGUUCGUCGACGGCAUCGUGGACAGCGAGGACGGCGUGUCCGCCAAUGAUUUUGACUUUGCGGUGUCAGACUUUGUGGAUCAUCUGUACGGAUACCCAGAGGGGAAGGACACGCUGCGCGAGACCAUCAAAUUCAUGUACACAGACUGGGCAGACAAGGAGAACCCGGAGACCCGACGCAAGACGCUGGUGGCUCUGUUCACAGACCACCAGUGGGUGGCGCCGGCAGUGGCCACAGCCGACCUCCACGCCCAGUACGGGUCACCCACCUACUUCUACGCCUUCUACCACCACUGUCAGAGCGACAUGAAGCCCAGUUGGGCCGACUCAGCCCACGGCGACGAAGUGCCGUAUGUGUUUGGAAUCCCAAUGAUCGGCCCCACAGACCUCUUCAACUGCAACUUCUCCAAGAAUGACGUGAUGCUGAGCGCUGUCGUCAUGACCUACUGGACUAACUUUGCGAAAACAGGGGAUCCAAAUCAGCCAGUUCCACAGGACACAAAGUUCAUUCAUACAAAGCCCAACAGGUUUGAGGAGGUAGCCUGGACCAAGUAUAACCCCAAAGAUCAGCUCUACCUCCAUAUUGGCCUCAAACCUCGAGUCAGAGACCACUACCGGGCCACCAAGGUCGCGUUCUGGCUGGAACUAGUGCCGCAUCUACAUAACAUAAAUGAAUUUUUCCAGUAUGUAUCCACUACCACCAAGAUCCCCCCUCAGGACACCACCCCGUACCCUUACACCAAACGAUUUCCCGGCAAAAACAACUGGCCGUCCACCACCCGCCACCCAGGAGUGCCGCCCGCCAACACCAAGCAAAGCACGGACCAGCGCAAGAGCGGCGACCUGACUGAAGAGUCCACCGUGGUCAUCGAGACCAAGCGGGACUACUCCACUGAGCUGAGCGUCACCAUCGCAGUUGGGGCCUCGCUCCUCUUCCUGAACAUCCUUGCCUUUGCCGCGCUUUACUACAAGAAAGACAAGCGGCGGCACGAGACCAACCGGCGAGUGCCCACUCCGCAGCGCAACUCGGCGCCGGCCAACACCCCGUCCACGGCCAACGACGUGGCCCACCUGCAGAGCGAGGAGCUCAUGUCUCUGCAGAUGAAGCAGCAGCAGCUGGAGCACGAGCACCACCACGAGUGCGAGCCGCUGCAGACGCACGACGCGCUGCGCCUCGCUUGCCCGCCCGACUACACCCUCACCCUGCGCCGGUCGCCCGAUGACAUACCGCUGAUGACGCCCAGCACCAUCACCAUGAUCCCCAACUCACUGGCUGGCAUGCAGCCUCUGCACAACUUCAAUACAUUUGGUGGCAGCCAGAACAGUACCAACUUACCCCACGGCCACUCCACCACACGGGUAUAGCUUUGCUGGGACGGGACAGGAGCGGAAGCAGCAACUGACCACACAAGGAAAACAUGAGUGACUGACUGUGUAAAGCACAGACUCCAAAGUCUCAGCAGAUGCUAUUUUGCUACCAUGCCUUCUUAAGAAAAAAAACAAAAAAACAAGAAGUCUAAAUCGCUCAUGAACUCAUGAAAAUACUCAAAGUGAAUGUUAAUAUAGUAAUAACUCUAUUUGGAGCUAAUUUUCAUGGAAAGUUUUCGAGGAGUUUUACCAAAACAAAAAGGCCACCAGGGGGAUAACAGUUGAAUAUUCCUACAAUACAACCAUGAACAGUGUCUUGACUGUGUGACAAAAUAAAUGACUUUUUUUUUUUGUUUGUUUUUUGUGCCAAAAAUGCACAAACAGUGGCAACAUUUGUUGAAAAAGCAACAAAAUCGAUCAUCCGGAACAUCGUCCUCUCAUGAAUCCCGUCAUGCAUCAUCGGACACCCGACGUGGGCACACAAUUCUACACCCCAGCCUGAAAUGUAUUUAUGAAAACUUUGUACAAAUAAGAUAAAAAAAUAAAUGAAAAUGAAAAAAAAAAGAUAUAUAGUUGUGUGUUGGAAAUUUCCAGGAUUUUAAAAGAAAAAAAAAGAGAGAUAUUAAAAACCGCUUCUUCUGUUGGUUUCAUUUUGCCUGAGAUCUUCUUGCUUUUUUUUUUUUUUGAAUUUGUUUCCACUUCCUCGCUUGCAUUCCUUUUUCGAGGUGCGUGUAAAUAUGUUUCGAUAUUCUCCAUUCCCCCUUUUUCUUGCCACGACCUGCGUUUCAUUCUUUUUUCACACGACGACCAAAAUGCGAACACAAUCCCAUCCUGGAGGAGUCGCUCGCCGUCACUGUGGCGCCCCCUGCAGGCCAUCACAUGCGGUCUGCUGUCUUGUGCAUUGCUUCUCGUGUCCACUCGUGUAGACAUUGCAUGUCCAGGAAGAGCUUUACUCAAAGAACCUCAGACACGGGUUCUCGUCUGAGAAACGAGAAGUGACUGGAUCUCCUCGCCAUCAUGCCGUCAUCCUGUUAUGCUUGCCGUAGUUUUCUUUGUGGGCUUCCCUUUCUUUUUCCUUCUUUCUUUUUGAAAUAUAUAUCUGUCUUGCAAUCUCAGCGCCGUCUGAGCAUUUACAAUGUGACCAGCAAUGUAUUAUUUAGAGAUAAAAAUGGUAGAUUUCUUUUUGUAUCAAUAUUAGUUGGAUAUGUUUGUAAAGGAUUAUAUGUUAGAUAUUUCAAAUAGUCAUAUGCUAGCAAUAUGUAAAGUAUUGUGCCACGCUUGUGAUAUUUUGGGCAAAAAGCAAGUGAAUGUGUAAAUAGUAAUGAUAUUAAUUAUCAUAAAAUUAUAACAAAAAUUACCAUUAACUCUUUUUUUUUUCUGUUUUGCAUCCUACUAUACAAAAAAAAAAGAUGGAAAUACAUCCAGGAGAUUUUAAGCUACAUUUGUAAAUUCUAUAAAAAGAUAUAUUCUUGCCAUUUGGUCCCUAAACCUGUCAAGAUAUCACAGGUUUUAAUGUAGAGUUUUAAAUUCCUCAGUUUGUCUUAUAUUUCUUUGCAGUUUUUGCCUUAAGUGAUAAUAGAGAUAUUUCUGGCUGGACACCUGUAUGAACUUUUUCUGCAACAUUUUUAAUAAAAAUAUCACAGUAUUUUCUA